AUGCAUGGAAGGAAGCCUUGCAAUUUCUUCAGGAGGGAGACAACUGCGACUGCCCUCAGAGAGGUGUUCUCGACAUUCGGUCUCCCUGACCCAGAUAUAAGAGGCCAAACGUCGGGAAACGCUGCGUCUCUGGGUCCGUUCAUCCUCGAGGACCUCCGACAGCGGCCGGCGAAGCUGCUGUACCUCACAGGCGAUAAGAACCGAGAUACUAUCAGUCGCAUCCUCACAGAAGGCGGCAUAUCUUUGGAACCGUUGCAAGUCUACGAAACGCGGGGAUCUUCGACCUUCGAGUCGUCGUUGGCUACAGCUCUGGCCCCUUGCCCGAAAUCCGGAAAACACUGGUGGAUUGUGUUCUUUGCACCCUCUGCUGCAGCAUUCGUGACGCCAAUUUUGCGCAAAUAUUUCAUCCUCGAGAGUAGGAACUCAGAGUCCCAAGGAUUGCUUCCCUCAAAGAUCGCCGCCAUCGGACAGACGACCGAUGCCUUCCUUCAAGAGGACCUUCAUCUCCAUGUCGCUGCCAUGGCGCAGAAGCCGGCUCCAGAGAACCUCAUUUCCAUCAUAAAGCUCCAGGACGCGGAAGAUCCAUAA